GACAGGGACGAGAGGACUUCAACGGCUCUCCUCUCCACCCUCCCGGCAUGCACCGGGAGUUCCGGCCUGCGCCGGGGGCUCCUCCUCGCGUCAAAAUGGCGGCCAAGGCGCCAAAUACGAUUUUCUGACGGCGGAAUCUGAGGCGCUGCGAGGGAAGGUCCGCGGAGGCGGCGGCGGCGGCUGGGCCGCCAACGCGAUGGACGCGUCGGCUUGUAUGAAGUCGCUGCUCCUCGCGGCUUCCCAGUACCGGGCUGCGCGGACCCCGCCCAACGCAGCGCUGCUGCAGCGGAGUCUGGAGGUCAUCUCAGGAUUGAAGCUGACAAGAUUUUUUGCAUCGAACCAGAUUUUACCAAGUGAAUGUCUAUGCUGCUUAGUGGAACUCAUUGAAGAUCCAAAUACAAGCCCUCAGUUAACCCUGAAUGUGGUAGGCUUGCUCUCUCAACUGGUUUUAGAUAAUGAGAUCAGAGAAGCCCUUCUGAAUACUUACAAUUUGUGUAGUGUCCUGGCAGGUGUGAUUCAUCGAAGUUCUAUCAAUCCUCUUGAUCCAGUAUUAUUACAGAGUAUUCAACUGCUGCAGAAAUUGACCUACAAUGCAAGAGUAUUCCAUGGCAGUACUAAUAUUGAUGACUUAAUUUCAUUUCUUAUGCACCAUAUUCAGUCUACAGAAGACGAGUUAACGAUACCAUGCCUAGGACUUAUGGCAAAUCUGUGUCGACACAAUCUACCCAUUCAAGCACAUAUUAAGUCAUUGACAAAUGUGAAGAGUUUCUAUCGUACUCUGAUCAGUUUCUUGGCCCACAGUAGUCUAACAAUGGUUGUAUUCGCACUUUCAAUAUUGUCAAGUCUUACAUUAAAUGAAGAAGUUGGAGAAAAGCUUUUCCAUUCCAGAAAUAUUCAUCAGACUUUCCAGUUGAUAUUCAAUAUUCUUGUGAAUGGUGAUGGAACACUAACAAGAAAGUACUCUGUUGAUCUUCUCAUGGAUCUCCUGAAAAAUCCCAAGAUUGCAGUUUAUCUUACCAAAUAUGAACAUUUUACCUCCUGCAUCACUCAGGUAUUGAGUCUCCUUCACGGAAGGGAUUCCGAUUCUUCAGCAAAGGUGUUGGAGUUGCUACUUUCCUUCUGUUCGGUAACGGAACUCCGUCACCUCUUGCGUCAGGCAAUAUUGGAGCCAAAUAAGGCAAGCUAUGUGAGCACAAGACUUGCAACUCGAUCUAAGCCUUCAGAGCCAUUUGUCCUCUUAGUACAUUGGUCAAACCAACCGCUGGAAGCAUCCGAAAACUGCUCAGCUCUUGCGUUGGAGCUGUUCAGGGAGAUAUUUGAGGAUGUUAUUGAUACAAGCUGCAGUGCUGCAGCUGAGCGCUUUGUGGAUCUUCUUCUUCCUGUUCUUCUUGACCAUAUUCAUUUGCCGGAUCAUGUCUUAGAAGACCUAUUGGCAAAGAAGAAGUGUGAAAGAAUGAUCGGGGCUGUUGAUAUCUUGAGAACGCUUUGUGCAGAUGAUACACUAAAAAUGCAUGUUACUAAGGCUCUAACUGCUAACAAAUGUACAUCUUUAAUUGAAUACCACUUUACGUGCAGUGGGAUUGACUUCGGCUUUGGGGCAAAGGUAAUGGACUCUGAGCUGAGCAAGCUUGCUGCUGAUGUAAUCUUAAAAACACUGGAUCUUAUGAGCAAGCUUAAGCAGCUGGUUUCUAACAUGGAAGUCAACUUUUACAAAGUUCUUCAGGAUCAACGUUUGGUUACACCUUUGGCUUUUGCUUUAACAUCAGACCACAGAGAGCAAGUGCAGGCAGGACUUAGAAUUCUGUUUGAAGCAGCACCAUUGCCAGAUUUUCCUGCCAUAGAGCUUGGUGAAAGUAUUGCGGCCAAUAACUCUUACAGACAACAGGAAGCAGAGCAUGCAUCUAAAAGGAACCACAUGCAAGCAUCCAUUACCUGUGUUAACCCAAUGAAAUGCUCUGCUGCUUGUGCUCCAAAUGACGAUGUUGCAACUUUCAACAUUCAGGACCUGAUACAGAAACUCCAGUCUAGCCUGGAGGUGAAAGAAUCAGCCACUGAUGUAAGGGUGUCCGACAUAAUGGAUGUGUAUGAGCAGAAACUGUCUGCAUUAGCAUCCAAAGAAACUAGAUUGCAAGACCUUUUGGAAGCAAAGGCUUUAGCACUUGCUCAAGCUGAUAGACUUAUUGCCCAGUACCGUUGCCAGAGAGCUCAAGCUGAGUCGGAGGCUAGAACACUUGCUUCAAUGUUGAAGGAAACUGAACGAAAAAAUGAAGAACUUGAGUCAUUGCUGAAAGUACAGCAAGUAGAAUCUGAACGGGCACAGAGUGAUAUUGAACAACUCUUUGAACACAAUAGGAAGCUACAGACAAUAGCAGAGGAACAUGAGAUACUGAAAAGAUCUUCCAUUGACCUUCUUCAAAAGCAUGAAACCAUUGAAAAACAAUAUAACGACCUGCAGCUAAUGUGUAAUUCACUGAAUAAACAACUUGACACCAUUAAAAGACAGAAUGAAUCUCUCAAGCAACAGAACGACAAAACUGUCAGUCAGUUGCUAGAAACAGAAGAGCAUAGAAAAGAAUUGCAGAAACAUUUGCAAGAGAAAGAUGUGAAAAUAUCAAGUUUGCAACAGAAGGUAAAGAUUCAGGAAGAAAAACUUAAAGCCAGGCAGAAGGAAAAAUCAGAUAUGGAGGAGACUGUAGACAUCCUUAGAAAGGAAUUGAGUAAAACGGAACUGGCAAGAAAAGAAUUGAGCAUUAAGGCAUCUUCCCUGGAAGUUCAGAAAUCACAGCUGGAAGGACGACUGGAAGAAAAGGAAGCUUUAGUCAAAGUCCAGCAGGAAGAGCUAAACAAACAUUCUCAUAUGAUAGCAAUGAUACAUAGCUUAAGUGGUGGCAAACUAAAUGCAGAGGCUGUGAAUCUCAGUUUAUAGAAUUUGGUUAUCUGGUGCUGCAUUUCACAGGCCAACCAAAACUUAAUGCAAGCCUCAAGUAUUGUUACAUAAAGAAAAAA